AUUCCGUCUUAUGUCGAUGCCGCUGACCUGAUCCCCACCACAGUAUCGCUACACUGGCGGCAACGCCAACGGCACAUCUGCCCGCCCAAAGACUGCAGAGGCGAAGCAAUGGGAUUUGACCUCGACUGACGCCCUCGGACGAACCAUAUCAGCAAGCGCAGCGCCUGCCGCGCCUGCGCCCGGAGCACUCAUGGACGCGACGCGGGGCUCCGUCUCGAGCGCAUCGGUUGCCCAGAGCACCAAACUUGAGGAUUCUGCUAUUUUCGCAAAUCCCUUUGCCUUGCGCCAUGGCCGCCGCUACCUUCGAGACCUGCCGUAUCCCCUUCCCUGCGACCUGCCCGAGCUCCAGCGCCAGAACCUACACACCCUCCUUUCUACGUCCGUCUUUGGCCGCGCUCUUGGCUCCAGCCCGAACCCUGAGCGGCCACCUCACAAAGUCCUCGAGAUUGCAUGUGGUAGCGGGUACUGGUCUUCGCUAUGCCACGAGUACCUGUACGGCCUGGGCUACGAGGAUGUUCAGUACACUGGUCUCGAUAUCGUGCCCGUAGCAGCGGACCUGCGCAAACAGAACAUAGACUGGAGAUUCGUCCAACACGAUUUGCGAAAGGUGCCGCUACCGUUCGAUGACGGCGAGUUUGACAUUGUGGUUAUGAAGGACAUGAGCAUGGUGGUGCCACUAGGCUCCGCAUCUCAGAGGGUUCUGGACGAAGCCAUCCGGAUAUUGAAGUCCGGAGGAACGUUGGAGAUAUGGGAAACCGACCAUGUUAUCCGAUCUAUCCUACCGCACCCUCCACCGCCGCCGGGCAAGAACCCCCAGGAAUACGCCUGCGCAGUUGCAACUGGGACCUUCAUGAUCUCCCCGAUCACACCAUUUACCGAAGUCCACAACAAGUUUCUCGCGUCGUCGAACAAUUGGAUAACGGAGGCCUUGGAUAAGCGGAAGCUGUCACCCACGCCGUGCGUGCGUAUCUCGCAGAUGUUAUUACAAGAGACCGAGACCCUUCAAGGGGUGGAGAAUCGGAGAGUAGCUAUUCCCCUGGGUGAGCUGCGGUGGGAGCGAGAGGCCGCAGCAGAGAGACAGGCGGCGAAUCGUCGUGGCAGCGAAGCAGCGCGUACCAAGAAGAGCGGGGACAGCGCGACGCUUACAGACGAACAAGCAGCUCUGAGACACACAGCGUUGCUCGUGGUCAUCCAGAUGAUCGAGAGUCUGGAGCCGCUGCUGAAGGAAGUUAGUGGCAAGUCGCAGGAGGAAUGGCAGACUUGGUGGGGCUCGAUGAUGACAAACUUGCUGCAGGAAAAGGGCGCCUCGAGCGGAGAAUGCCUGGAGAUCGGAGUCUGGUGGUGCCAGAAGGUCUGAUAAUGCGCGUGUGCAUACCUUUUGCUUUGAGAUAUCCCCUCGUGGCCUGGUUUCAGGCUCACUGCAAUUCGCUGGCGAAGCAAUUAUACCUUAUCAUAGCGUUGACGCAAAGCGCGGUACCGCUUUAGGUAGUACAAUGCUU